UGUGUGCGGAAGUGGGAACCCUAUUGACUUUCUUGUGUGCUCAACCUGGUUCUUUCCACGUCGUGUACAACAUUUAAGUUGCACUUUUAUGUCGAAAAUUGAAUGGUAACUUAAAAGGUGAAGCGAGAGAAAGGCUGACAAUGAGCUCUCGGGACGUGCUGAAGAACGCGUCCACUCUGGCGUCUUACAACGUGUUGCUGCAGGUGAUGUUCCGUGUGCUCACCUUCCUGUUGAACGCGUUCACUCUACGCUUUGUGUCCAAAGAGCUGAUCGGGGUGGUGAACGUCAGGCUGACCCUCCUCUACUCCACACUGGUAUUUCUAUCCAGAGAGGCUUUCAGAAGAGCGUGUCUGAGUGGUGAUACGGGGGGGAAGCACAACUGGAGGCAGCAUGUCAACCUGCUGUGGAUGACGUUGCCUCUUGGUGUCACAUGGGGAGUCCUGCUGGCUUGCGUGUGGCUCCGGCUCCUGGAGGUCCCGGAUCCUCGAACGCUUCCUUUCUACGGCCCCGCCGUGGUGUUGUUCGCCCUUGCGGGGGUGCAGGAGCUACUGGCCGAGCCCCUGUGGGUGCUGGCUCAAGCUCACAUGUUUGUUCGACUCAAGGUGGUCGCAGAGAGCUUGGCCAUGCUGGCCAAGUGCAUCGUAACGGUGGUGCUGGUGGUGUCGGCUCGGGAAUGGGGGCUGUACAUCUUCUCUGCUGCUCAUCUGGUGUACACAGGAGUGCUGGUGCUCUGCUAUGCUGGGUACUUUCUUCGCUUUUUGGGGUCCGAAGAGGCCAGCAAGAGGGAUUUUCCUCUGCGCAGUGUUGGAGAUCUGCUACCUCACAAAGCUAGUGGAGAGCCGCUGGUGGAUUGGAGCGUGGCCCGGCUCACCUGGAGCUUCUUCAAGCAGUCCUUCCUCAAGCAGAUCCUGACGGAAGGCGAGCGCUACGUCAUGACCUUCCUGAACGUCCUCAGCUUCGGGGAGCAAGGCGUCUACGACGUGGUCAACAACCUGGGCUCCAUGGUGGCGCGCUUCGUCUUCCUGCCCAUCGAGGAAAGCUUCUACGUCUUCUUUGCCAAAGUUCUGCAGCGAGGGCGCCCUGUCCAAAGCCAGAGAAAGGAAGAUGUUGCUGUCGCAGCAGAGGUGCUGGAAUGUCUGCUGAAGCUGGUGCUGGUGAUUGGACUCGUCAUUGCCGUGUUUGGAUACGCCUACUCUGGCCUGGCACUGGACAUCUACGGUGGCUCGCUGCUGAGUAGCGGCGCAGGUCCUAGUCUGCUGCGGUGCUACAGCUGCUACGUCCUCCUGCUGGCUGUAAACGGCGUGAGCGAGUGUUUUGUGUUUGCCGCCAUGAGCCAGGAAGAGGUGGACAAGUAUAACGUGGUGAUGCUGGCUCUGUCUGCGUCUUUUCUCCUGCUGUCCUACUUGCUGACGUGGUGGGCGGGGGGCGUGGGCUUCAUACUGGCCAACUGCCUCAACAUGGCCCUGCGCAUCUCGCACAGCAUCCUGUACAUCCACCGCUACUUCCUGCCCAGUCCGUGGAAACCCCUGCAAGGCCUGCUGCCCUCGCCGCUGCUGUGCGUGGCGCUUGCCGCCAGCACGGCGGUCACUGUCGUUAGCGAGGGGGUUUUGUGCUGUGACGGCGGCUGGCUCCUCAGGCUGGUCCACGUCGGCGUGGGAGCAGUGUGUCUUGUGUUUGUGCUUUUAGCCGUUCUUCUCGCAGAAAGUCGACUUGUUGCAUUUGUGAGGACGCAGCUUUUGCCCCAGUACGGCAAAAAACACACAUAACGCACGGAAAACGGCACGCAAGUCAACUUCUCUUUCAUGGACGCAAGUACAGUACAGUAUGGGAAUGUGUGCCGACAAUAUUCCCUCAGAGGACACUUCAUUAGGUACACCCGACACCCCUAACAUUCCCAUUUCAUUAGGGACAAUACUACACGUGUAUAAAGUAGUCUGAGUACAGCUGGUAUGACAUAUGCUAGCCACUGAAAAUGAGCGAGCACCGCACAGGCAGCACUCGUGCAGCCCCAGACUGUAUGCAAGACGCACUUAUCUUUCUGAAGUAUGCUCCCUUGAGAAGAUACACUGUAAUACAAAUGUGAGGGGUGUACUAAUACAGUAAGACUUGAAGCAGCUUCAUAUACAGUACAGUAGGAUGAUGAGUACCUGUAGUACUGUGUGAUGAUGUAUUAGGGCACAUGGUCGGUCACUGACUAUUUCUUUGAUCAACUAUGAGCAAAUUGAAGGGUUGUUUACCAUUUAUUUUUUAAAUACCAUUUUUAAUGGUAUGGGAGACUCGCCGUCUGAAUGUUCUGAACUCGUUUCCGUGCCGGGGCUUGACUUUUAGCUUCUUUAGACGGCUGACUAGACGAGAGUGAAUCAAAAGCGCCCCUGCUGCACUACAGCAUGUACUGCAGAGCCUUCUCAGAUCAUGUAGUGCUCAUGCUGCUGGUUUACGUACACUCCAGUCGCCCCUCAUUUAUGGCGGUUCAUUGGUCCCAGACCCGACAACGAUAAGUGAAUUACGUUCUUGUGUUAAGAAAUUGAAUAUUUUCAUAGAGAUGGCAUAGAAAACCUGUUCACCACCUUCUUUUUUUUUUUUUUUUAAUUUUCUAUCUGUUCACCACCUUCUAAAUACACCUUUCAACAUUAUUAGAGCCCUCAAGACAUGAAAUAACACCCCUAUAGUCACCUUUACAUUCCUAUUACCCAUUAUAGUAUACAUCAUAAGAGAAAAUAAGACAAAUUGGAUAUAAAUAAAAUAACAUAGACUCACAUGUUAGCAGUUCCUUGUUUUUUUCUGGACAGUUUACCUCCAGCGUACUUCCGCCAUUACAACACAUCGAUGUAUUGUAAUGGCGGCUUUAAAUGGCUUUACACUCAUGUUACCCAAUAUAGUAGACAGAAUAGGAGUAAGUAAGCCAUUUAAGAUGUAAAUAAAAGUCCUGCUUGAGCAGCGACACGGUAGAUGUGUUCCCUAGGGAACCUGAAUGACGAGUCUAGUACCUGUCUCACCGCCGUCAAUUACUGACACCUGGUGGCCAAUGAAGAAUACAGCACUACAUUUACAGUUACAAUGCUUCUUCUGCCUUGUGUUUGUAUUUUAGUUCUUUGAGAUAUUUUUAUACUUGAAAAUGCUUCAUUUAGGCCAAGAAUAAGUACAAUUUUCUUCAAUAUGCUUUUUAAUUAUUAUUAUUAUUUUUUUUUUUACUAAUAACAGGCCGUAAUCACUCAACUCUGUGAGCAACCGUGAAUGACACUCAACUACUUAGCUUGUUAGCCUCCUUUGUUGCCAGGAAGGCUGGGUGCAAAUUUAGGUAUAAUAUAAGAUUCAAUAUCAAGUAAAUAAAAGGCAAUUAUUGCCGAUACUGACACAAAAGCAUAAACCUGAGGGGCAACUGAACGAUUCAAUUCAUUCAAAAGGUUUUUGAUUCAGAACUGCCAGAUUUUGCAAGUUAUAUGUAGCAUUCUGGCCACUAAGAAAAUAAAUCAGAUAUUCAAGAGUUGGUAUCAUAAGUAUCGACAUUUCAGUACAUCACUGUAAAUUAUAGUGAUGGACAUUUCGGCUCUUUUUAGAGAGCUGGUAUACAUAAACUAGGGGUUAUUAGGACGGAACAAAUACCAACUAGUGCUGAGGGAAGGAAAAAGGAGACACAACAUGUCCAGAGAGCGCUCUCAACCUGUGGGUACCCGCGGUGGGCUUUUAACAAAUGUCAAAAGAAGAGAGUAGGGAAAGAAACCCAAAAGCCCACAGAAGCAAAACGGAGAGGAGUGGUAGUCCCUUAUGUAGCUGGGGUCUCCGAAAAACUCCAGAGGAUCUAAUGGCAUCUCAAGAAGCCUUUUCCUCGUUGGACAACUCCUGUACGACUGAGAGCCUACACAGACGCAUUUGCCUUUAACAGAAAAAAAGGCGAGGAAAAAACCCUACUCGGCUCCCAAUUUGCUCCCAGUGACGCGAACCGGCUCCUGACGUUCAUUUCAAAGAGCCGGCUCUUACUGCCGAUUCGUUCGGGGCCGACCCAUCACAAUCGCACUGCAUGUAGUCAUUCACGGCAUGUCCGACACCACGCAGUUUUCCCAUUCCGUGUAGAAGUGGUAAGGUUUCUGCUUCUCACUGUGUCCUUCUUCCCCACUCCGUUUGUAAUACGUAAAGUGUAGAAUGAGUAACUUGGAGAGGCUAAUUAGUUGGCUCGCUAGCUUGCUAUGCUAACGUUGACCGUCUUAUGUGUCCCUGCAGUGAUCCCGUAGCCUGCGCAUUACAGUUGCGCAGUGUGAUGUAAACGGAGAAUAAUAGAAGUAUAAAAGUGACUGCAUUUCAUGUCUACGGGGCGCUAAUGAUGUUAAAAUCGUAUUUAAGAAGUCAUUAAAAUAUAUUCUAUGCUCUAACUACGAAAGUGUUCCAUUUAUUAACAUUGAAUCCUUCUUGGUGGAAAUUCACUUAAACACGGUCGGGUCUGGAACCAAUUAACAGCCAUUAAGGAGGGACGACUGUUUGUACAGUAUGGUUGUGCGUAUGUACAUGUAAUGUAUUGUAGCGUCGUCACUGACGCUACUAAAGCCACAAGAAGUUAGUUGAACAACAAGAUUUUUAUCGCACUCACAACCAAACGACACGGCCCCACCGCUGGUGCGUUCAUAGCAACCCAAAACAAUCAGACAACCAGAAGACAAUCAUACAUAACUUAGGGUCGCUCCAGUAUUUACUUCCUUCUCAUUUUCUUCUUGAUUUGUCUGGAAGAAUGGAUUUUUCCCCGUGUAAAUAUUUUAUGGAAGAGUGGGACUAAAUGCCACGCCUCAAUCAUGUAAAUCAAGGCACUUUUUUUCUUUAUUUUUGUUAGGCGCUAACAAGGAUUGUAGGCUUGGUGGAAAAGCGCUGCUCUGUUUUUCCUGUUUACUCGUUCCCGCCAAUAUCCGUGAGGGAUGGGUGAUGAUGUCAUAAUGGAAAACAAGCAGGAAACAUUCUUUUCAGGUCUGCCUUCUUCACUUCUUGACUUGAAUUUUGUGGAGCUGCUAAGCUUCUUUCCAAUGGCACACACACACACACACACACACACACACACACACAUCUUGUGUAGGAGGUGCUUUCCCCCUCAUGACAUCAUUUGUUGGUCUUUAAAAACAUUUAUUAUCCCCUAGAGAAUCCCUGCUAGGCUGACUUGAGUGUACAAGCGGACGACACUGAGGACCAACAUGUCUCAAGUAGCCAGGAAAGGUACGCCAAGAAGAAGAAGAAGAAGAAGCAGUGCAGCGUCCUGCAGUGAGAGAGGACGACCUGUCUGAGGCAAAGAAUAAACUUGGUAGCGGCGGACCAAAGAAGAGUAAGACGCUGCAAGUCAUGUAUGAGUGCG